AUGUCGACCCGCGCGCGCGACGAGCACGCGCGCGACGCCCCCGGCGACGAUCGCCCCGCGACGCAGCCCGAGUCCGCCGUCGCCUUUUCGCCCUUCUUGGAACCCAGGAGCCCCCCGCCGCUAAAACCUUUAAAGUUGCACGCCGCCUCCUCGCCGACGUCGGGGGCUUCGAGCGGCGCGCAGACGUCCCCUCCCGACCCGCCGCGGUUCGCGCGUCUCAGCCAGGGCUUCGCCUUCGAGCUGCACGUGCACUCCGAGAUGACGACGAACGCGCCCGAGUCGACCCGCGGGUGCGGGCGCCCGCCCUUGGCGGCGGCACCCCGCGCCUCGCCCUCCCGCUCCCCUGAGCGGAACUGCCCACGGUGCGCCGAACUCGCCGCCGAGAGCGCCGCGAAGGACCUCAGCGUGCGCGCGCUGACGCAGAAAUUAUCGCGGACGAGGGCGCUGCUCGACGCGAUACAGGACCUCGCGGAGCAGCAGGCGACGCACGAGCAGCGCAGCGACUCGCGGAUGACGUCGCUGGAGGAGAAGGUUGCGAGGUAUCGAGAGGCUCUCCGAAGCGUCGACGGCGGCGACGCACUGGCGGAAUCGUCGGGGAACCGCCGGCACGACAUCGCGGAGAUCGACUACGAGCUGUCGGACUCGUCGAGGUCCAGCAGCAUCGAGCGGAACUACACCCACCGCAGGCGCAACUCGGUGGGCAGGCACAAGGUUCACGGCGGCUCGGUGUUUGGCUUUUUCGGCGGCUGCGGCGACGACGUCGGCCAGGCUCGGGACGAGGACGCGCGGUGUUAG